CCCGGAGCUCUGUUGAGUGAGUCCCAGCCCAGGAGCCUGGCUGCGGACCCCAUGGAGCAGGCCUCCACCAUGGCCGACACCCGGACCCCCGUGGACCACGGGGUCCAGAUUCGCUUCAUCACAGAUCCCAUGGGCGACUCUCAGGUGGGCAGUCUGCUGCGUGGAGGACGCCGGCCGGCGAGGGAUGCCAGGGCCAGCACCUACGGGGUGGCAGUGCGUGUGCAGGGCAUAGCUGGGCAGCCCUUCGUGGUGCUCAACAGUGGGGAGAAGGGCAGCGACUCUUUUGGGGUCCAGAUCAAGGGAGCCCACCGCCAGGCAGCCCCAGGAGCUCCUCACUCAGACUCGGAAGCACCCCUGGGCAGCUCCCGGCCUCUGGCCCAGGACUCUGCCACCCCCUGGCAGGAAAACCUGUCAGAUGAAGAGCCAGGGGACCCCUGGAAGGGCCGGCUGCUACGCUCCCAGUCUCAGGCCUCCUUGGCCAGCCCUGAACCCCUGAGCCCCAGCCACAGAAGUGCCAGCCUGCUGGAGCUCACACCCCCUGGGGUCCAACCAGGAAGUGCCAUCGACACUGCGCCCCUGUCCUCCGUGGAUGCCCUCAUCAACAAGUUCGGUGGGCAGCAGGCCGGCCAGACACGAGGUCGGACAGGCCGUCGCAUGCGGUCCUUGCACCCCGAACAGCGUAAGAGAAGCCAGAGCCUGGACAACCGGCUCCCCAGGGCCCCCCCGGAGCAGCAGGACCGAGGGUCACCCACGCCCUGGACCAAGGCCACCAAGCCCGGCUGCCCCCAACAGCCGGCCCCCAAGCUGAGCCCCACGGGCAGCUACAGCAGGUCUCGUCAGACCCAGGAGUGGGUGCUGCAGAGCUUUGAGGAACCCAAAAAGAGAGCUCAGGAACCCUCCAUGCUGCAGUUCAAGUCAACCCCAGACCUCUUGCGGGAUCAGCAGGAGGCAGAUCCAGUGGGAAGUGUGGAACAUGUGAAGGCAGCCCUCUAUGGCAUCUUGCGGGAAGGAAACUCAGAGAGUGACGCCUCUUUGAGAAGGAAGGUCAGUUUGGUUCUCGAGCAGACGCAGCCUCUGGUGAUGACAGCUUCCGGUUCCUCAAAGGUCCUGGCAGGGCAGGGGGAGCUCACCCGAAAAGUGGAGGAACUGCAGCAAAAACUGGACGAGGAAGUGAAGAAGCGGCAGAAGCAGGAGCCAUUCUGUCUGGGGCUGGAGCGACAACUGGAGGAGAAGAAGGAGGAAGUCAGCCGCCUGAAAGAGCUACUGGAGAGACAGCAGGGGGAGGCCCGACAGAGCGGCACUGAGCUCCAGAACUUGAGACUGCGCCUGGACCAGGCAGAAAGGGUCCGAAGUGGGUUGGAGACGCAGGUGACGGAACUUCAAGACCAGCUGAAACAGGGGUCCAGACCUGCUAAGGAGGGACUCAUGAAGGACCUGCUGGAGACCCGGGAGCUUCUGGAAGAAGUCUUAGAGGGGAAGCAGAAGAUCGAGGAGCAGCUGCGUCUCCGGGAGCGGGAGCUGACGGCCCUCAAGGGGGCCCUGAAGGAGGAAGUGGCCUCUCGAGACCAGGAGGUGGAACACGUUCGGCAGCAGUGCCAGCGGGACACGGAGCAGCUGCGAAGGAGCAUGCAGGAUGCCAGCCAGGACCAAGCUGCCUUAGAGGCCGAGAGGCAGAGGAUGUCAGCCCUGGUGCGUGGCCUGCAGAGAGAGCUGGAGGAGACCUCGGAGGAGACGGGCCACUGGCAGAACAUGUUUCAGAAGAACAAGGAGGAGUUGAGGGCCACCAAGCAGGAACUUCUCCAGGUGCGCAUGGAGAAGGAGGAGAUGGAGGAAGAACUCGGGGAGAAGAUGGAGGCCUUGCAGCGGGAGUUAGGGCAGGCCCGAGCCGGGGCGGGAGAUUUUCGGCAGCUGGAGGAGCUCAGGAAGGAGCUGCGCCUAACUCAGGAGGAACUGAAGGAGCUUCGGGCCGAACAUCACAACCAGGAGGUGGCCGGGCGACACCGGGAGCGAGACCUGGAGAAGCAGCUACAGGCCGAAGCCGACCGAGGCCGGGAGCUGGAGCAACAGAACCUCCAGCUGCAGAAAAGUCUGCAACAGCUGGCCCAGGACUGCGAAGAGGCUUCCAAGGCUCGGAUGGCGGCAGAGGCGGAGGCCGCAGUGCUGGGGCAGCGACGGGCAGCCGUGGAGACGACCCUUCGGGAGACCCAGGGUGAGAACGACGACUUCCGACGCCGCAUCCUGGGUCUGGAGCAGCAGCUGAAGGAGACUCGAGGCCUGGCGGAAGGCGGGGAAGUGGCGGAGGCUCGACUUCGGGACAAGUUGCACCGGCUGGAGGUGGAGAAGCAGCGCCUGGAGGAGGCCCUGAACGAAGCUCAGGCAGAGGAGGGAAGCCUGGCUGCGGCCAAACGGGCCCUGGAGGCCCGCCUGGAGGAGGCCCAGCGGGGACUGACACGCAUGGGGCAGGAGCAGCAGGUGCUGACCCGAGCCCUGGAGGAGGAGGGGAAGCAGCGGGAGGCGCUCCGCAGGGGCAAGGCCGAGCUGGAGGAGCAAAAGCGGCUGCUGGACAGGACUGUGGAGAGACUGAACAAAGAGCUGGAGCAGAUCGGGGAGGACUCGAAGCAGGCCCUGGAGCAGCUGCAGUCGCAGCUGGAGGACUACAAGGAGAAGUCCCGGAGGGAGGUGGCAGACGCCCAGCGCCAGGCCAAGGAGUGGGCCAGCGAGGCGGAGAAGUCUUCUGGGGGCCUGAGCCGCCUCCAAGACGAGACCCAGAGGCUGCGACAGAGCCUGCAGGCCUCCCAGGCUGACCUGGACACAGCCCGGCUGGACAAGGAGUUGCUGUCGCAGCGGCUGCAAGGGCUGGAGCAGGAGGCAGAGAAGAAGAAACGCUCUCAGGACGAUAGGACUCGCCUCGUCAAGAGCCUGGAGGAAAAGGUCUCUCGGCUGGAAGUGGAGCUGGAUGAAGAGCGGAACACGGUGGAGCUGUUGACUGAGCGGAUCAAUCGGUCCCGGGACCAGGUGGACCAGCUGAGGGCUGAACUCAUGCAGGAGAGAUCUGCAAGACAAGACCUGGAGUGUGACAAGAUUUCCCUGGAGAGACAGAACAAGGACUUGAAGAGCCGCUUGGCCAGCUCCGAAGGCUUCCAGAAACCCAGCGCAAGUCUAUCACAGUUGGAGUCCCAGAAUCGAGAGCUGCAGGAGCGGCUGCAAGCUGAGGACAGGGAGAAGACGGUGUUGCAGUCCACCAACAGGAAGCUGGAGCGCAGGGUGAAAGAGCUGUCCAUCCAGAUUGAUGAUGAGAGGCAACACAUCAACGACCAGAAAGACCAGCUAAGCCUGAGGGUGAAGGCCUUGAAGCGGCAGGUGGAUGAGGCCGAAGAGGAAAUCGAGCGGCUGGACGGCCUGAGGAAGAAGGCCCAGCGGGAGCUGGAGGAGCAGCAUGAGGUAAAUGAGCAGCUCCAAGCCCGGAUCAAAGCCCUGGAGAAGGACUCCUGGCGCAAAGCUGCCCGUUCUGCCGCCGAGUCAAGCCUCCAGCACGAAGGGCUGAGCUCGGAUGAGGACUUCGACAGCGUCUACAACCCUCACUCCAUCACCUCACUGCUGACGGAAAGCAACCUGCAGACCAGUUCCUGUUAGUGCCAUGUCUGGGGGCUUGAAGCCUCGCCUGCCUGCAAGCUCCACUCUGCUCCCCAUGCCUGCCA